AUGGUUUUUGCCAGGGGAUUCGACGACAGCGGUGGCGGCAGCGACGGCGGCUCUGGAGGCCGCAGUCCCAGUCCUGGCUUCUGCCCCAGCCCCACAGUGGUGACGCUCGCUGAGCUGCUGGCGCUCCGGGCCGCCCUCCUGGCCACGGCCUCGGGCUACUUCGUCAGCAUCGACGGGCAUGCCGAGGAGUGCUUCCUUGAGCGGGUCACCUCGGGCACCAAGAUGGGCCUCAUCUUCGAGGUGGCUGAGGGCGGCUUCCUGGACGUCGACGUGGAGAUUACAGGGCCUGAUAAUAAAGGAAUUUAUAAAGGAGACCGGGAGUCCAGUGGGAAAUACACAUUUGCUGCUUACAUGGAUGGAACACAUAAGUUUUGUUUUAGCAAUAGGAUGUCCACCAUGACUCCAAAGAUAGUGAUGUUCACCAUUGAUAUUGGGGAGGCCCCCAAACAAGACAUGGAAAGAGAAGCUCACCAGAACAAGCUAGAAGAAAUGAUUAAUGAGCUCGCAGUGGCGAUGACAGCUGUAAAGCAUGAACAGGAAUACAUGGAAGUUCGGGAGAGAAUACACAGAGCAGUCAAUGACAACACAAACAGCAGAGUGGUCCUUUGGCCCUUCUUUGAGGCUCUUGUUCUAGUUGCCAUGACACUGGGACAGAUCUACUACCUGAAGAGAUUUUUUGAAGUCCGGAGGGUUGUUUAAAAAGCCUUUUGCUGAUGAUCCCAAACUCAUAACUCACUGUUUACCAAACAUCU